UUUACAAUAACCACGCGCGACCAGAUCGAGUCGUGCCGUUGCCGCUUGCUCGUUACCUUUUCUCCGCACUCUCCGUCACACACUCAAGUCCAACACAAUCGCGCGCGCCGCUCGGCCAACAACGCACACCAAGAAGCAAGAAGCCAGCAAGACCCAACAACCAUCGAACCGACGCCGACACCCAGCAAAAGAAACUUGAAUCAACACUCGAACCAAAACAAAACAAACACACAAAAAAAUGAUCAGGACGGCCCUUUUCGUGCUGCUGCUGCCGGCGCUGUUGGCGUCGGGGGCCCGCCUGCCCCGCAGCGGGGGCUUCCAAAAGUUCCCGUCGCUGGUGGCGCCGCCCCCGCAGGCCACCCCGAGACACGCGUGCGGCACCAGGGGCGUCAGCUUCUCGCCGCCCAGGAACUCGUCGCACUCGCCCGUGCUGGCCAAGAUCGUCGGCGGCGCCCCAUCCCCCUACGGCGCCUACCCCUGGCAGGUGGAGCUGCUCGUCUGGCGACCUAAAAAGUCGCGGUACGAACACCAGUGCGGCGGAGCGGUGAUCGGCUCGCUGCUCGUGCUCACCGCGGCGCACUGCGUCGCCGACGAGGACGUCAAGCCGCGCCUGCUGCGCAUCGCCAUCGGCCAGUACAGACGCAACCAGCCCGACGCCUACGAGCAGACCUUCAAGGCCAGCUCCGUCGUCAUCCACCCUGACUUCAGGAAGUCCGGCCCGUACAGCAACGACAUCGCGGUGAUCCGCGUGAAGGACGCGGCGGUGGCCUCCUACGGACACCUGGCCUCGAGCCGCGGCCGGGCCAUCCAGUUCGACACGCACGUGCGCGCCAUCUGCCUUCCGGAGAGUUUCGAGGACGUGCAGCGCGACACGUGGUGCACGGUGACGGGGUGGGGCGCGCAGGACUCGGACGACAAGGACAGUCUGUCGGUGGUGCUGCGGGCCGCGUCGGUGCCGGUGGUGCCGCUGGAGCAGUGCCGCCGUCCGGAGGUGUACGGCGGCCGCAGACAGGCCAUCCUGGACAGCAUGCUGUGCGCGGGCUCGCUCGAGGGCGGCAUCGACGCCUGCGGCGGCGACUCGGGCGGCCCCCUCGCCUGCGAGUCCUCCGGACGCCACGUGCUCAUGGGCGUCGUCUCGUGGGGCGACGGAUGCGGCAAGAAGAACCGUCCCGGCGUCUACACCAAGGUGUCUCACUUCAUCGACUGGAUCGACUCGGUGAACCGCGAGUAAGAUGGCCGCUGCUAGCGGCGGCCAACCACGAUUGUCAUGCGCGAAACUGAAUUAGGACCAUAAUUUUUGCGACGCCUGCCCACCGGAUGAGCACUGAUACUGUAGAGAAUAAUUCAUCAAUAAAUAUAAAUCGUUAAAUUUGUGAAAUCACACCGGGGUCCGGGUUGUUGCCGGUCAGAAGUCAAUAUGGCGUCGAAAUGUAUAGUUGUUUGAAUAUUCCCGCAUUUUGAAGCUGCGCAGUAAAUUUGUGCGCAUCGUAAGCAUGCGCAGUAUGAUCUGAUCGCUUCUUCAUAUCUCAGAGAGGCUGAAACUCAUUACUGCGCACGCGUGACCCAAAUUAAAACGUUCUGCGCAGUCGUAAUUCCCACCGGGGUCCGGGUUGCGAUCUGUGUUAGUUCCCACCGGUCAGAAGUCAAUAUGGCGUCCAAAUAAUGGAGGCCUAUCAGGAUACAGUCCAGCGGCCAAUCAGAAGCGUCAAAAAAGAGGCGUGCCGACCUAAUAAUUUCAUUUCCCGCGUAUUUUGUUACAUUUCCAUUGGCCUGAUAUGCCAUCUAACGGUCGAUUCACCAAUUACCGGACUAAUCAGCUCUUAGCAAGGAAAUAACACCAAAAAUAUUCAUUGUGCUGACGGUAUUUUCAUGUUAAAUUUUCCAAACCAAUUUCAUAUUACGUUUGAAACUUCCCGCUGAACUCUACCAGACGCCAUAUCUGCGUCCCCGGUGUGAAAUCACACACCUGCCCCCUCUCUCGCACUGGAACAGGUCUACUUGUUACUGAAAAUUUUCUGAUAAUAUAUUAUUUUAAAAACUUAAGCUCAACUGUACGGUAUCUUUAUCUCGACGGGACAUUUUCCCGCGCAAAUUUGUAAAAAUAAAAUUCAUCUCUUCGGCCGGCCGAUGAGUUGCGGUUUCGCAACAGACUAGUCAGCAACAUCUAGUUCUAUUGAUUAAUGUGUAUACGUUUAGGACGGCUUAUAUUAUAUAUUUUUAUACUACUGUAAUUCAUAUUAUUUAUUCCCGGCUGCGGAUUCGCACGCUGUUUUCUAUAAAUUUUGAGACUAAUUAUUUUUACGGCAUUUUUUAUACGUAAUUUAUUGUUGUUCAACAAUGUGUACGCAAAGGUAACCGCAGGAAGGACGCGCCACCGGACAUUUUUAAUCUCGAGACUGUGAUACGGAUCUCUGCUCGCUCUUCUGUAGCCUGCACGACAAGACUUGAUGAGCUGCAUGCGCCUGCUUACUUAUAAUGUUUUUUACAGUUAUUUUUAUACCUUUUGUAUCUGCAAUGUGUACUAAAAUAUUUCGAUGCUUGAACCAA